CCGCUCUGAAAAAAGUUGUUCUGACCUGAGCCUUUCUCUCAUUUCUCCCUAUUUACGCCGGACUCCAAGCUGACACCUCCUCCAUCUUCUUAUUCAACUGUUAGUGUGUUCUAUUCUUCCCAAUUCGCUCUUAAAAAAACCCUAAAUUUAUGAACGAACCCUAAUCUGUUUAUUUUUAUUGUAAUUAGCUAAAGAAAUUCUUUGGUUGAAUCGAUGAACUCUCCAAUUUCAAUUUCUCUCUUAAACCCUAAAUUGGUAGACUCAUUUGCCACACUUUGCAUCAAGUAACACUUUUUUUCAUGUUGUGCUUUGUGAUUCUCAAAACUCAUGGCAUUUCACGUAGAUUCACCUCACUUUUCAUGCUUAACAGAGAAGCACUAUGCUACUUCUCUUCUUCAACACAAUUACAACCCGUAUCAUCAUCUUCUUCUUCUUCUUCUUCUUCAAUUGUGGUUCCAUCACAAUCUAUGGUCCAAAGGGUAUGCUCAAUGGUGUGUGAAUCUUACCAUCAUAAUGCCAACAUGAGAGUUUCACCUCCAAGACUCCAUCUUGGGAUUGAUGUUGAUUUUUUAACACACGAGCAAGCUGUUACCAUUGUUGCUUCACUUGCAAGUGAUGCUGGUUCAAUGGUGGCCCUUAGUUUCUUCCAUUGGGCAAUUGGGUAUCCAAAGUUUCGAUAUUUUAUGAGGUUGUAUAUAGUGUGUGCGGCAUCUUUGCUUGGGAAUAGGAAUUCGGAGAAAGCUCAUGAAGUUAUGCAGUGUAUGGUAAAAAGUUUUGCUGAGAUUGGGAGGUUGAAAGAAGCUGUGGAGAUGGUUAUUGAAAUGCAUAACCAAGGUUUGGUUCCGAAUACUCGGACUUUGAAUUGGAUGAUUAAGGUUGCAAGUGAAAUUGGUUUGGUUGAAUAUGCAGAGUUGUUGUUUGAGGAAAUGUGUGUGAGAGGGGUUCAACCAGAUUCUGUUAGCUAUAGGGUGAUGGUUGUUAUGUAUUGUAAGAUUGACAAUGUUUUGGAGGCAGAUAGAUGGCUGAGUGCCAUGCUUGAGUGGGGUUUUGUGGUUGAUAAUGCAACAUUUACGUUAAUAAUCAGCAAAUUUUGUGAAAAGGGAUAUGCAACUAGAGCGCAAUGGUAUUUUCGUAGGUUAGUUGAUAUGGGUUUGAAGCCUAAUUUGAUUAAUUUCACAUCUAUGAUUGAAGGUUUGUGCAAAAGGGGUAGCAUAAAGCAAGCAUUUGAAUUGUUGGAGGAGAUGGUUGCUAAAGGUUGGAAACCUAAUGUUUAUACUCAUACAUCAUUAAUUGAUGGACUUUGCAAGAAAGGAUGGACUGAAAAAGCAUUUAGAUUGUUUCUUAAGCUUGUUCGAAGCGAAAAUCACAAGCCAAAUGUGCUUACAUAUACUUCCAUGAUAAGUGGAUAUUGUAGAGAGGAAAAACUAAACCGGGCAGAGAUGCUUCUGAGCCGAAUGAAAGAGCAGGGAUUAGUCCCGAACACCAACACUUACACAGCUCUCAUCGAUGGGCAUUGCAAAGCAGGAAAUUUCGAAAGAGCAUAUGAUUUGAUGAAUCUAAUGAGUAGUGAAGGUUUCAAUCCUAAUGUAUGUACAUAUAAUGCCAUUGUUGAUGGCCUUUGUAAAAGGGGAAGGGUAGUUGAGGCUUACAAAAUGCUUGAGGAUGGCUUUCAUAAUGGUCUGAAACCAGAUAAAGUUACCUAUAAUAUUCUAAUGUCUGAACAUUGCAGACAGGCGAAUAUCAGGCAAGCAUUAGUGUUAUUCAAUAAGAUGCUAAAAAGUGGUAUUCAAAUUGAUAUUCAUUCAUACACCACUCUGAUUGCAGUCUUCUGUAGGGAAAGUAGAAUGAAAGAAAGUGAGAUGUUUUUUGAGGAAGCUGUGAGAAUUGGGCUCAUUCCUACAAACAAAACUUAUACAAGUAUGAUAUGUGGUUAUUGCCGAGAAGGAAAUUUGACCUUGGCUGUAAGGUUUUUCCAUAGGAUGAGUGACCAUGGCUGUGUUCCAGAUUCUAUUACCUACGGCGCUAUUAUAAGCGGCCUUUGCAAACAAUCAAAGCUCGAUGAGGCUCGGGGUUUGUAUGACUCUAUGAUAGAAAAGGGACUUACUCCAUGUGAAGUUACUAGGGUGACUUUGGCCUAUGAAUAUUGUAAGGUAGAUGAUUGUUUAUCUGCUAUGAUUAUUCUAGAAAGGUUGGAAAAGAAACUCUGGAUCCGGACGGCUAAUACCUUGGUCAGGAAGCUUUGUAGUGAGAAGAAAGUAGGAAUGGCUGCACUGUUCUUUAAUAAGUUACUAGACAUGGAUGUUAAUGUUAAUCGUGUAAUAUUAGCAGCAUUUAUGACUGCAUGCUAUGAAAGCAAUAAUUAUGCCCUUGUUUCUGAUGUGUCUGCUAGGAUAAACAAGGAAAAUCGUUUGGAUAUCAAAAGCACAAAAUAACAACCAAAAAAGUGCUUAGAGAGCUUUGGUCCCCUUGUAGGUCCCACCUAACCUAGCUUAACUCCAGAUGAGUUCAAGGUGGCAUUUGAAAAGGAGGGGUUCAGACCAGGAAAAAGUCGAUAAUUAGUAAUAAACAAUGUACUUUUUAUUGCUGGGUGUACCUGUUUCUGUAAAUGAUAGGAUCUUGUGUUUGAAGAAGUAUCUGUGGGAUCGUCAUCUUGAAUUCUGCAUUAGCUUAGCAAUCAACAUUUUGAGGUCACGAAGGGAAACAAUUGUGUAACUUCUAAGGUAACUUACAUUUACCUCUCCACAUUGAAAUUUUAGAAAUUCAGAAAUCUUAAAAUGGUAUAGUUUAUCUCAAAAUUUGAAGGUUAAUUUGAUUUAGGUUUUUAUCAUUCGAUAUAAAUGCAGCGAUGAUGUUGUCAAGUGAAAUUGCCGCUUGGCGCCAUGACAUGGUGGAUUCUUUGCCAUCCACCAUAGGCCGCAAGGCCUAUUAUAUUUGCUGUGUUUCCUACAUAGGCGGCGAUACCAUAUGUAUAUGGCGGAUUUUUACCUGACUGCCAUAAUCCGCCAUCCACCAUUGAUAACAUUAAUAAUUAGACAGAAAUACAGGAUACACAACAGCAUGAGUGGAGUUUAUUUCAUGCACUCUUUUGCUGAAGUUGCUUCUCAUAACAAGCGCAGACUUCCAAAUAGGGUUGACAUGUCAUAUGUAUUUAACCUGCACUCUUUUUUACUCCCUGUAUAAUAAUGUCUUAAUUGAUGGAAAGGGAAUAUAGUGCGAGAUAAAUUUUAUACCUUUGUGGAGAAUCGUGAUCAUGGAUUUAUAUCAAUUUAUAUUAAUGAAACUUUUACCAAGAGGUUUCUGACUUUUAUGCAAUAAGGAUUUGAAAAUUUUGAGUUUACAUAAUUACACAAUUGUACCUUGUAUGUAGCUGUUCCAAUAUAUACUAUUGUACAAUUCAGUACCUUAAUGGCAUAAUCCACCCUCUUAAUUCUAUACAAAGUCUUGAGCAUGUGAAUUACAGAUACAGAGCCAAAACAUACAUAAAUUAGAUUGUACCUUGCACUGUGGCCAAAUGUCCCAUUACACUAGCAAAUGUUCAAAAAGCUACUAAGUGGUAGUGUGACUCAAUAAGCAAUACCAAUAUAUAAAUAUAAAUAAAAGAGGACAUUUUGGAAUGGAAAACUAAUAUUUGAGAAAACAGAUACAAUGUAACUUGACAAACAGAGUUAAUAUCAUAAUUAGUUAACAAAAUUUAGGAGCUAGGAGAAUAAAAACCUAUCCAAACACUUCAGCCUUUAUCGAAGCAUACUUGGCAAUAUACUUCAAAAGUAAAUAUUCAUACAUUGACCUGUUUUGUUAAAUUAUUUUAUUAGAUUAGAAUAGUUAUUGGUUGUUGCUAAUUGCAAUGGCAAUACAGUGGCUCGUCCUCUGGGGAUAGUAUGCCCUAAUAUUUGGGGAUUGACUCGAAUACCCUUAUGUAGAAAAAAGUAUUUUACAUUCCAUUUGUUCCAUUACAAGAAAUAAAAUAUUUUAAGCUAGUUUGUCGUAUUAGAGCCUGGUUUGGAAAACCCUUGGUUGAAUGUCAAGGGAACAUGUCAAAGUCAAUUAUUGAUGACAAUGUUGGGGAGGAAGAGGUCAUUGUAGAAGGUUCUGGAAUAGGGGAAGAGGAGUAACGAGAUUCCAUGUUCGGAGAAUGCAACUGUAAAUGAAUCGGAAUCUGGGAAGAAAAACACGUCUCAUGAUUUUUAUGCAGUGGAGGUUUGCUCAGAGAAUUCUCGAGAAGAAGUUUGUUUGUGGGAAACUGCAAGUCUGCAAAGGUUGCUGGUUUAACUUUUUGACGUCUAAGGUGGUGGCAGGACGAUUCUAACUUUAAGGAGGAUCUCAUUCUCAAUAGUAUCUGCUGUGCUGCGGAUGAAGAUACAGUUAUUAUAUAUGGUAUGUUAUGUUAUGCUAUGAUAGAAUUCUAAUUUCUUUCAGCAUUUUGGAUAUUAUUUUAUCACUGAUUACUUUUUGUGGUCCAAAACAUGACUUAAGAAUACCCAUCUUGACUUGUGAUCUUAAUUUACAUGUGCAUGUCUUUGAUGUUAAGGGAUGAUAAUCUAGUACAGUAUGCUACGGUAGGGUUCUAGUUUCUAUCACCCUUUAGAUCUUGUUUAUCACUUGUAAAUUGUAACUUUGUGUGCUAAAAAACUCAAGAUAAGAGAUCACACACCUUGUGGAGAUUUGAACUUUGUCAGUCAUGGUUACAAAGUUAAGCUCUUACUACAAAUCUGGCACAAGUGUGGGAAUAUGACAGGUUGGCCUACAACCUGGCCCGGCGUGUUUAUUAAAAAGGCCAGGAUUAAGCUUUUAAAAAGAACCUAUUUAAUUAAAUACUAGUAAGUCAGGUGUAGGCUAUCAAAAAAAGCCUAAGAAGCCAUAUAGUCCUGCCUACAUGUGCAUAACUAUUAAAACCUAUUUCUUAUAUGAAAUAAUUUUACACAUAAAACCAAAAAUCAUUUACCACACCUCACAGACAUAGAAACUGAAUGAAGUGUGAUUCUUAUCACAAAGAAACCCUAAAGAGACGGGUCGUGAAGCGAGAACAAAGGAGAGUUGUUGUUGACUCUGUGAGACUGCAAUUCAUCUCUGUUCCUUCUCCUUCAACUGCGACUGUGAUUCAUCUCUAUUACAUCUCUGUGACCUCGAUUCAAUAACUUCAGAAAGUCAUUAGAGAAAGACUCAACCGUGCUAUCUGUCUCAAAGUCAUUAAAACGUGAAAACAUUGAUGAAAAGGAUGACCUAGGGUUCAUUGCCCACGAUGUUCUGAAAUGGCGCUGGCUUGAGCAACCUCAAUUGUCAUCAGUGGGGACUGAAAGUGGUCGUGGUCAUUAUAUGACAUCACAUAGUAGUUUCUUAGAAGUAGGUGCAGCAGCUUUACUCGUAGGAGACAUCGAAUCUAAGAUGAAGGGGAAACUUUGGAAAUUUUUUGGAACUGAUGAUAUGCCUUACCUGGAUCAGCUGUUGCAGUCUUCUCCUGUAACACCAAUUACAAAUUCUGUCUCUGCUCGUUGCCACCUAAGAGCAAUAACAGCAUCGAAACGCAAAAAAGAAGACUCUCGUCAGAUAUGGCAUGUUCUUGAAUAAGUCGCAUAGCUAUUAUUUUUUUCCAAAAUUUUCUUCUGACUAAUGUUUAUUAUUUUUCUCCGGGCAUUUGCUUUUAUAGCUAAUUUUUCUUUCAAUUUUUUCUUCAUAUUAAUAUCUCUUAUCCAAGGUCAUAGUGUAGUGUCAUACCAUGAUAAAUCUUACCAACUUCGUUAUUUUGUUCCAAUUAUUAUAUCAGAUUAUAGAAAGAGCAUGAAAAAUUAGGAACUAAGAAUUGAAAGUAGUGUACCUAUAGCGUCUUAGAAUUUUAGCACAGUCUGGUAAAGGCAAAUGUGUUAUGGUGUCUUGUCUUUUUCCUGGGGUUUUCAAUGAACAUAAAUCAUACAUCAGAAUUAUUUUUGUAUGUUGCCAUUGGAUUGACAUGUGCGGCUAAAUGAUAAUUUUUCUGGAGAAUCUUUGGUUUGCUUUAUGGAAAUUUUACUGUUGAUUAGUUGGCUGCCGCGGUUUAUUUUAAUGAUUUUAUAAAUUCAUCUUUUCUUUCUUUACACUUAUCCGAACUUAUUCUCAUUUUUGUACUCUUGUUUUUCCUCCUUUAUAAAUUAUUCUUAUUCUGAAUAAAAAAUAAGUAUUUUUAAAAACUCUGAUUAGUGAUGAAUUAGUUAACCAAUUAUUACUGGAAUGUUCUGUGAAUUAUCAUGCUCUUUGUAUGGGUGAAAUUGUGUGAAUAAUGUCAAACUGCUCCUCUACAGUUUGAUAUUCUCUCUCACUCCUUUUUUGGGAUAAAUAUUUGAUAUUCUUUUUGACUCACAAGGCCGACUAAAAAGUCUGCAUUUUUUUUUUACUACUUUGGUUUGUUGAAGGCUUUUCAUAAUUUGAUUUGCUGUUCUGAAGAUUGCUAUUUCUCCAGGGAGGACUAUCCCGUGAUUACAUUUCGUCCCCGAGCUCGACAGCUUUUCCAGUACCGUCAUUACAGUGAGCAACAACCUCUAUGAUUAAACCCUGUCGAGGUACAAGAAGUUAUUGCUGCAGUUUGCUCUGAGGCUUCUUCUCCAAGCACCAAUGUUAUGACAGUGUCAACUAGACUAGGCAAUAACAGUGGAAAAUCAUCGACAGAUGUGGCUGUUAGCGUCCUUAUUAAACUAGUCAUUGACAUGUAUGUUUUAGAUUCUCAGACAGCUGCUCCUCUCUCAUUCUUUCUAUGCUUGAGGUGAUACAUUAAAAGUUAAUAAAAUGAUCGAGUCGGGCUGAUAUUUCUCCAUUGGAGCGAUGAAUGGUUAAGAUCUGGCUAGUGGCGGAGGAUGAGAAGAUGCCAAUUGAGACAUAAAUAUCCAUGAAUUGUUUGAUGUGUCCGAUAAAACAACAAGGUUGCCGACGAAGAAUGAUGAGAAGAUGGAAUAAAUUGUUAUCAAAAAGGAAAAAGGCAGUCUUAGUUUAUGUAUUUCAUGAAUCUGACGUUGUCUUUGCUAGUCUCACUCGUUUAAGAUUUCUUGUAUUAAAAGUUUGGUCUUAAUCUUCCGAUUGUCAUGAGAAAUGGCUAUCGGUAAUUCAAAGUUAUGCUGGUAGGUAAGUAAAGUUUGAUCAAUGAUUGUUUCAGCUAGGAUUUGAACUCAAGCACUAUUCCUGUAUUAAAAUCUAUUUUGUGGAAAUUACUUUGGUUUUCGUAUCA